CGACAAUCCAACCGAAUGUCGCAUCACAGUCGUUGGAAUAGUCGUGCAUUUGUUUUGUUUAUUCCUUGUGUGUUGUAUGACAACGCGUCACUAUUUGGUGCAAAUAAAAUCUCAAUAAAGCGACAUUCGCAUCUUCAGUGUUGACAUAUUAAUUUGGAUAAAGAAGGAAAUAUUAAAAUAAGCAAUUCCCCAAAAAUUGGAAAAUAUAAAACGAAAUAACACAAGUGCAGCAUGGCCAAUGCCAAUUUGUGUCGGCUAUGUAUUAAUCCAUGUACGGAGUACAAACGGCUCUAUGAAGAUGCGACUGUCUAUGAAAUAACAAUAAAAUACUUCGAUUCUGAGUUCCUAAAAAGGCGCAGCCUAACUAGAAUAUGCUUAAAUUGUUGGUGUCAUAUUGUCGAAUUCCAUACGUUUAAGAAUUCUGUAUUGUUGGCCCAGACAAAACUAUUUGACGAAGGCAUUUCCAAUGACGACGGCAAUGUUGAACAAUCGGACAAUUCUAAGAGGAUAGAUUCCAAAGUAAUGUCUGCCAUAAGAGAGGAAGAGGAGCGUGUGUGCCGUGUGAAUUCAUGGACUGAAGAUUUAGAUAUGGAUAGUUGCGUGAAUGACACCAUUAAUGAAAAUGGAUCUACCACUGCAGCCUCAAAUACCAACAUGUUAUCCUCAACAUUUAAGCCGAAUUCAGAAGAGUCUCAAAACAAAAUAGAGGAAUCUGGCUGCUCAACAACUAUUAAGUUCGAAUAUGAAGAAACAACUCUGAUUUCACAAGAGGAAUCGGUUUCUAUAGCCAGCAAUAGUGAGGCAACUACUGAUGAUGAGGCUUUAAUUGGCCUGAAUCAAGCCUGUGUAACGUCACUGAACAACAACUCUUCGAAAAACGACAGUAUUUUAGAUUCAAAUAUAAUUGUUUCACUGCCAGUGCCCAAAAAAUCACCGCAGGAAAUGGAUGGAAUUAUUUCAAAAUGGCGACCAAUUUUAGAGUGCCACAUAUGUUGCAGGCCGUGCUCAACAUUUUCCCAGCUGGAGGGUCAUUUUCGUCAGCAUCAUCCAACGGCGGAUCUCUUCAUAUUAUGCUGUCAGAUGAAAUUGAACAACCGUGCUAGUAUAGAAGAACAUAUACAACUGCACAUGGAUCCUGAAAUAUUCAAGUGCAAAUUUUGUGACAAAGUAUGUACCACCAGACGCAAUCUCAACAGUCAUAUGGUAUACUGGCAUUCUGAAAUCAAUAGAGAGGAUCUAACGUGCCCGGAAUGCAGAAAAAUAUCCAAAACUCCAGGAGCUUUGAGACGACAUAGGCAACGUCACAAUGCUAAACGGAAAACACAAGGCAACACCUCGGGAACAGAGAUUAGGCGCCGUCGGCUACCUCGAAAACACGUGACUUCUUCACGUAUGCAUCGCAAGAGGGGUCGUCCACCAUUAAUGCAUGCAGAAAAAUCGAAUUAAUUUUUUGCAUUUAAGUUUGUUGUACAUUCAAUUAUACAUUUUUCUUAUAAAAUAAAUACACACACAUACUUCAAAAAAUUGGGAAUAUGUUGCUGCUCAUUUACAUUAAAGGGGUUCUGGGGGUGUGUAGGUUAUGUACUAGACCAAAACCAAUUGUUAACUUCUAAUUUUUCAUUCAAUGUACAACAUACAAAUCUAUGUUGGCCUUAAGGUCGCGACUUUCCGCAGUCAUAAAGAGUGGCAUUACUAAAAUAAAAUAACGAAAAUUAAUAAUAAGGAAA